AAUGACGGUUGCCCAUAGCGACAGAACAAAUCCAUCAUGGCGGUCCCAGCCGGUGUAAAACUUGACGACGGAUCGGGCGGUUUUUUUACAAAUUGCUUCCCGGCCAGAAAUAUUUUCAGGCAAUCAGAAGAUGCUGGGGCAUGGAUGGUAGCACAGAGAGCGGAGCAACGUCGACACUUCAAGGCCGUUCUGUGUGCUAAGCCUAAGACCUACGCGCAGCUCAAACAUGAACGGAAGGAGAGAGACAAAGAAGAAAAAAGGAAGAGACAGCCACCGUCUUCCCCGGAUGUCUAUGCUGAAGCUGACACCACCACUCCAGGCUUGCUAGAUGGUUUCUUCCUGCUGAAGCACUGUUGUGUAGAAGAUCCCACUGAUGUUUGUUCCAUCAACAUCACUGGCAAAGAACUGACGGAUGUCAAAGAAGACGACUUCCAGUUGUUUGAUAACGUGGCCUACAUCAAUGCUGGAGAAAACCUCUUGCCAUUUGAGGCUUUUAGCCAUUUUCCAAUUGUUCGGGAGGUAGAGCUACCCUUGAAUGCUCUACGAGGAAUUCGGAUAGACCUUGACGAUUUUCCCUGCUUAGAAGUACUCGAUCUGUCGUACAACAACCUCUCCAAAGAAGACAUCUUGGCUCUGGGCAUGCUUCCAAAGUUGAAAGUUCUGUACCUGACUGGUAAUCAGCUUCGUUCACUGCCGGUGGAGUUGGCCAAGCCAUAUAAAGUAACCCUUGCGGACAGCAGAGCUACGUCCAUCCCCCGCUUCCCCUGCUUAGAGCUCCUCUUCCUAGAUGAUAACCAUCUGACUGACCUGGCCACCUUUGCCAGUCUGGCUGGCCUCAAGCGGCUCAAGCAACUCAAUCUUGACAAGAAUGACAUCGCCUUGGUGCCUCAUCUCAAGGCUCUGAGUGGCAAGCACGUUGCUGUGGAAAGCGAGCCGCCUUCAGCUGCCUCCACGCCGGGUCGUAAAGCCCGACGGAAGUCAGCCAAGAGCCGCGGAGGAAGUAGGAGUGGAUCAGUCUCACCUGGCCAGACCCCAACAGAAUCGGAUGGGCAAGACAUCAACCACUCUGCAAAGCAUCUUUCAGAAAUCAAAGAGGAGCCUCAAAGCAGCAGUGUACAUGACAAUGAUCCAGACCAAGAUUUGCCACCACCUUUCCCUGAGUUGGAGCAUCUAAGUCUUGCCUUCAAUAAGAUCAGUGAUGAGGAAUCGCUCCUUGCUGUAGCUGCCUGGCCAAUGCUGAAAGAAUUAAUCAUCCAUGACAACCCACUGACGACCAACAGCAGCGGAGAUCCACCCCUACUCAAGAGGUACCUUAAGGACAGGUUAGGCAUCCACAUGGUGCGAAGGAAACCAGACCACAGGCCCAAGCCCCCAAUCCAGGUACCAGCCAAGCCACAUAGAAAGGUUGCUGAGGUGGUCCCACCAAUUCCAAAGAAACCACUUCAGUUGAUGCUGGAAUCAGGUGACGUCACCAAAGCCCUCCCUUCGUCACUAUCACAUCCCACUCCUCUAACAGUGGACAAACCCCAGCAGCCCAUCUCUGGUCCGCUCCCACCAAUUCCGGCCACUCCUGAGGAGAGGCCCCAGACCUAUCCACUCCAUCACAGGGAAAGCCGCGAUGAGGUUUUAGAGGCAGCGAAAAUGACCCGGACAAAGUCAUGGACUGCCGAGAAUGUCCCAAGCUCGCAAGCAUCCAAUGAUAAAGCUGACGAGGUCCAGCAAGCAGAUGAACCUGUCUUCCUCACUCAGGUUGAUGAUCAAACUGACGAACAGAAACCCCAAGAAGCCCCGUCUGACCAGGAACCUGACAAAGAUCCUAAGAAAGAGAAACCAAAGAAACUGGAGCGUGUAGACAGUGCUGCCUACUCAAUGUCUGUCCCAGACAAGUUCAAAGGUUACGAGAUAUUCUACGACACACCAGACGACCCAGAUGAAGAACCGGUAGUAACAGACAUCCAAGGCAACCUACGAUCACUCAGAUUGGCUCUCAAACACCCAACACUAUAUCAGAACCAGGUGGAUUUAGAAAAACUGCAGAAGCCAUUUGAACCAUACCAGAGAAGAAAGUUCCAGCCCCGCCCACCCCACAAGAGCAAAGCAGAGAAACUUGAAGACAUCCUGGAGACGAUGAAGAACCGGCUAGUCAUUGAAGAGGUCAACCUUGGCAAGCUGCUGCAAGACCAGAAGAUGCUCAAGAAGGAUUAUCCAGAGGCCCUGCAACUCCUACAGGAGAUCCAAGCAAAGUACAGCACAGUGCGUGCUAGCUCCAUGCACACCAACCAGAAUCAACAGGAAGCUGUAACAGAAACACUCCAAGCCAUGCAGGACCUCAGUGACAGACUGAAACUGCAGAACUCGUCACAUGGGGGCGCCAGACCCAAAUCAGGCAGCACCACCAGGGUCCGAUCCAAACACAGCAGUGCAGUGAAUUGAAGAUUGAAUUGUGAAUCAUAAAACAAAAAAAAACCAACCUCCCUUCAUAAUGAAGAUUGUUUAUCAAACAUUUUAUUAUUUGUAGAGUGCACAUACUUGUAUUUAAUUUAUCUUGUAAUUAUAUCACUUGAAAUAUGUACUUUAUUUUCUGAUAUGGUCACGGCAGUGUCGAAUACAUGUACUGUUUGACUUUUGUACAUCAAUAAAAAAAAGUCAAGCUUUUUUCCUCCAGCAAGAAAUGGAACUUUGUGUGCAUCAACCUGUGGUGUAUAAAGGUGUGCUUUGUUUUAUUCACAACUGUCUUCAAUUUGGUUCCCGAUACUUUACAAUUUUACAUGUAUUCUCGAAACACA